AUGAGCAAAUUAGUAUAUUUAGAGAUAAAAUAUUUAGGACUAAAAAUUAAAAGAAAGUUUAAGAGAAAUAAAUUUCUCUGUUGAUGCAAACCCUAAUUCUAAUUCUUCUAUAAUAAUAGAGCAAAAUAAUGCUCUUACUAAUAUUCAUUUAGAUAUAUACUGUUAAAUUGAACUAUUAACUUAUGUUUGUGCUGGAUAAAAUUAUUACUUUUAAGAUAUAGUUGAUUAACAGAAAGAUUUACAAUAAAAUUAAGUUGAUAAUUUAAAUAAAAUAGAUGGAUAUUAUAAUAAUAAUGAAUAAAAGUCUUAAAAAAAUUAAGAUUAAAACUAUUCUGAAGAGAAAAGGUUUAUUUAAAAUAAUGAAAAGUAUGACUUAUCAACAAAUUUAAAUAAUUAAUAAAACUAACUUGAUUGA